AUGGCGGGGUUCAAGGUUUUCUCAGUGGCUUUGACUGUGUGCGUUUUGUGUGUUUUGGUGGAGUGUAAGUAUAUGGUGUACAACACUUCGCAAGGCAUUGUUCCUGGGAAAAUCAAUGUCCAUUUAGUUCCACACACUCACGAUGAUGUUGGGUGGUUGAAGACUGUCGAUCAGUACUACGUUGGAUCAAACAAUUCAAUUCAGAUAGCAUGCGUGCAAAAUGUGCUGGAUUCACUGAUUCCUGCUUUGCUGGCCGACAAAAAUCGGAAAUUUAUUUAUGUUGAGCAGGCAUUUUUUCAGCGGUGGUGGAGGAACCAGAAUGAAGAUAUGAAGAAAACAGUUCGAAAUCUAGUUAACUCUGGUCAACUCGAGCUAAUAAAUGGUGGUAUGUGCAUGCAUGAUGAGGCGACGACACAUUACAUUGACAUGAUAGAUCAAACAACACUCGGCCACCAGUUUAUUAAAGACGAGUUUAAUGUCCUACCAAGAAUCGGUUGGCAAAUUGACCCGUUUGGACAUUCUGCUGUUCAGGCAUACCUUUUGGGGGCAGAGGUUGGAUUUGAUGCUCUUUACUUUGCUCGUAUUGACUACCAAGAUAGAGCUAAAAGAAGAGAUGAGAAGAAGCUCGAGGUCAUAUGGCAGGGUUCUAAAAGUCGUGGUUCGUCCUCUCAGAUAUUUACUGGUGCUUUCUAUGCUGGGAAUUAUGAACCUCCUACUGGUUUCUAUUAUGAAAUCAAUGAUGAUUCCCCCAUAGUACAGGAUGACAUUAAUUUAUUUGAUUAUAAUGUUGAAGAGCGUGUGAAUGCUUUUGUAGCUGCUGCCUUAGCACAGGCUAACGUUACUCGUUCAAACCAUGUGAUGUGGACUAUGGGAACAGAUUUCAAGUAUCAAUAUGCAGAGACAUGGUUUCGGAAUAUGGACAAGCUUAUACAUUACGUGAACCAAGAUGGUCGUGUCAAUGCCUUGUACUCAAGUCCAUCAAUAUACACCGACACUAAAUAUGCUUUAAAUGAACCCUGGCCUCUUAAGACUGAUGACUACUUCCCAUAUGCAGACCGUAUAAAUGCUUAUUGGACCGGCUAUUUUACAAGUAGGCCGGCCAUCAAAGGCUAUGUCAGAACCAUGAGUGGCUACUAUUUGGCGGCAAGGCAGUUAGAACUUUUUAGAGGUCGAAAUAAAUUAAGGGGGCCAACGACUGACUCGUUGGCUGAUGCUUUGGCGAUUGCACAACAUCAUGAUGCGGUUACUGGUACAGAGAAGCAACAUGUUGCUAAUGACUAUGCAAAACGGCUUUUCAUAGGUUAUAAGGAGUCCGAGGACAUUGUAGCAGCUUCUCUUGAUUGUCUGACACAAUCAGACUGCAAGAGUUCCAUCACAAAAUUCAACCAGUGCCCCCUUCUGAAUAUAAGUUAUUGUCCUGCAACAGAAGUUGAUAUUUCUCGUGGGAAAAAAAUUGCAGUAGUUGUCUACAACUCUCUUGGGUGGAGAAGAUCGGAUAUCGUGAAAAUUCCUGUAAUCAGUGAGUAUGUCACGGUUAGAGAUUCUACCGGAAAGUUGGUCUCAUCACAGCUUAUUCCUAUUGUGGAUGUCUCAUCAGCCAAUAGAAAAUUCUACACCACUGCAUAUACAGCCAAAUCCCCUUCGACUGACCCAAAGUAUUGGCUUUCAUUCACGGCUGUAGUCCCACCUUUGGGCUUUAGCACUUAUGUGAUUUCAAGCAGCAAAUCUUCUGGUUUGAUAGAGCCGGUUUCAUAUAUGUUUGAUGGAAGUUCAAAUGGACCCAUACAAAUAGGGUCCGGCAACUUGAAGCUUAUAUACUCUGGAACUGAUGGAAAGCUUACACGAUAUGUUAAUAGUAGAAACAUGGUGAAUGCUUCUGUCGAGCAAUCAUACAGUUAUUAUGCUGGUGAUGAUGGCAGUACAGAUUUAGUUCAUUUUCAGGCUUCGGGAGCAUACAUUUUUCGGCCAAAUGGCACUUACGCAAUACAGCCUGAUCGAAAAGUUCCGUUAACAGUUUUCAGAGGACCAAUUUUCGAUGAAGUUCAUCAGGCCGUUAGUCCAUGGAUAUAUCAGCUUACGAGGGUGUACAAAGAGAAGGAACACGUGGAGGUUGAAUUUACUGUUGGUCCCAUACCCGUUGAUGAUAAAGUUGGGAAAGAGAUUGUAACGCAGAUAAAGACGGAUAUAAGAAGCAAUAAAACAUUUUAUACAGACUCCAAUGGACGUGAUUUUCUGCAGCGGGUUCGAGACUACAGAACUGAUUGGGAUCUUCAAGUGAACCAACCAAUAGCAGGAAAUUACUACCCUAUAAAUCUUGGAAUAUACAUCAAAGACGAAACCACAGAGUUCUCGGUUUUGGUGGAUAGAUCAGUUGGAGGAUCGAGUAUUACUGAUGGUGAAAUAGAGAUCAUGCUUCACAGGAGACUGCUCCAUGACGAUGGUAGAGGUGUGGCCGAGGCACUUAAUGAAACAGUCUGUGUUCUUGAUAAAUGCACUGGUUUAACUGUUAAAGGGAAGUACUAUGUGAAGUUUGAUCCACUUGGAGAGGGUUCCAAGUGGCGUCGCUCUUUUGGACAGCAGAUAUACUCUCCAUUUUUAUUGGCUUUCGCAGAGAAGGACGAUAAGUGGACAAAUUUCCCAAUAUCAACUUUUUCGGCCAUGGAUCCUUCUUAUAGUCUACCUGAUAAUGUCGCACUAAUAACCCUUCAGGAGCUCGAAGAUGGGACUGUUCUGCUUCGGUUGGCACAUCUAUACGAGGUUGGGGAGGAUAAGGAUUUAUCCAGAAUGGCAACCGUGGAUUUGAAACGAGUUUUCUCAAAAAAUAAGAUCAACAGCAUAAAGGAAAUGAGUCUAUCUGCUAACCAAGAAAGGCAAGAAAUGGAAGGCAAAAGAUUGUCUUGGAAAGUCGAAGGCUCCAAAGCGGAACGAGAAAAUGGUCCGAGGGGACGACCUGUGGACCCUGUGAAGUUGGUGGUCGAAAUUGCCCCUAUGGAAAUCCGAACUUUCAUCAUCAACUUCAGUUCAGGUCUUGUCAAAUUCAGAUAG